AUGUUAUACAGCGAAGGCGGGAAAACAAGUGCUCAUAUCGAAGGUCCUUUUAUUUCGCGUGCGAAAAGAGGAUGUCAUCCACCGGAGUUUAUAAGAGCGUUUGGCGAUGAUCCAGUAGAAUCGAUACGUGAGGUCUAUGGUGAUGUGACGAAUGCCGCUAUUGUUACGUUAGCACCGGAAUUGAAAGGCAGUGAGAAAGCCAUAAGAUAUUUCACCGACAAGGGAAUAGUUGUCUCGCUUGGUCACUCGUCUGCGAAACUGAAAGAUGCAGAAAAUGGAGUGAAUAGCGGUGCUCGUUGUAUAACUCAUCUCUAUAAUGCUAUGCAUUCGUAUCAUCAUAGAGAUCCGUGCCUCAUCGGCUUGCUGGCAUCGAAGAUGACCAGCCCUGAAGGACUGAUCCUGGUUACGGAUGCAAUAGCAGCAUUGGGAAUGGGUGAAGGACGCCAUAAACUGGGAGAUGUCGUGGUGGACGUUGUGGGACUCAAGGCCGUAGCGGUAGGAACGGAUACUACAGCCGGCAGCGUCGCUUCAAUGCCGCAUUGUAUAAAACAUCUUGUCAAAGCAGCUCGAUGUCCUUUAGAAGAAGCACUCAUAUGCGCAACAAAGAAACCAGCCACCCUCCUUGGAAUCCAAGAUAGAAAAGGUAUCAUUGCUGUGAAUGCGGAUGCUGACUUGGUACUGAUAUCAGACAAUGUUGAUGUAAAAGCCACUUAUGUAUCUGGAAAACUUGACCCAGCUGUGGCGGAAGAUCGUCGUGGUAGUAAUGCUGCCAUCGCCAAUGCCGAUAACGAGAGCAUGAACGAUGGCCGUGCAUUAGUGCCAUCGGCGACUCGAAGCGGUGAUGUCAUCUCACCAACGAGAGCCGUUCUGACCCUAUCAAAAUCGAUGUUCAACGCUGGAUGCUUUUCCCUACCGUAUGCAUGGAAGCUUGGAGGUCUUUGGGUGUCAUUCGUCCUGUCGUUCGUCAUAGCAGGUUUCAACUGGUAUGGAAAUCAUAUUCUCGUGCGAGCAAGUCAACACCUAGCAAAGAAAUCAGAGCGUUCAGCGUUGGAUUAUGGUCACUUCGCUAAAAAAGUUUGUGAUUAUAGUGAUAUUCGUUUUCUCAGAAACAAUAGUAAGGCGGUCAUGUAUGUUGUUAAUGUAACUAUUCUAUUCUAUCAACUUGGAAUGUGCAGCGUAGCUAUACUUUUCAUAUCGGACAAUAUGGUACACUUAUUGGGUGAUCAAGUCGGUGGCGAUCGCCAUUCGCAGAUGAUCGUAAUGGCGUCAAUCACACUAGUAUUCAUUAUGAUAACGAAUAUGUUCACUGAAAUGCGGGUAGUAGUAUCGGCCUUUGCGCUGGUGUCAUCCGUGUUCUUCAUUAUUGGUGCAGCAGUGAUCAUGCAAUAUACCAUUAGGCAGCCGAAUCAAUGGCGAGAACUACCGGCAUAUACGAAUUUCACGGGUACUAUUAUGAUGAUCGGUAUGAGUAUGUACUCGUUUGAAGGACAAACUAUGGUAAGGUUUUUCCUCAUCCUUAAAAGUUUAUUGAUACCUAAUGUCUGA